UCUCCUAUUGACGUUCCAACUAUAAUAACCCCUCCGCCUACCUCUCUCACAUGCACUUCACUUAUUGUCGUGUUUUUUUUUCCCACAAUGGGCUCGACCAAAUCAGCAGAAGUCUCAAUUGAUGCCUUUCCGUUUCUCCGGCUCUACAAGGACGGAACCAUCGAGCGGCUGGCCGGGACCCAAGUCACCCCACCGGGUCUGGACCCUCAAACUGGCGUCGUUUCCAAGGACGUCGUUGUCGUACCGGAAACCGGCGUCUCCGCCAGACUGUACCGUCCUGACACUGAAAACCUCGACAGGAACCAGAAGCUUCCUCUGGCGGUUUACUUUCAUGGAGGAGGUUUCUUCAUAUCAUCGACAGCCGACCCGGUCUACCACAACGGUUUGAACCGGCUGGUUGCCGCCGCUCGAAUCGCCGUCGUUUCGGUCGACUACAGGUUAGCCCCCGAGAACCCUCUCCCCGCCGCCUACGACGACUGCUGGGCGGCGCUUCGGUGGCUCGCUUCCGACUCCGCCGCCGCCGAGCCGUGGCUGAAGGAUGACGUGGAUUUGGACCGCGUGUUCCUCCUCGGGGACAGCGCCGGAGCUAGCAUCGCACACCACAUGGUUUGUCGAUUAUCCGGGUCGGACUCGGAUCCAAGUCAUGGACUGAAGAUAGCUGGGAUUGGUCUGAUUCAUCCCUACUUUUGGGGUGAGGAUCUGGUGGGUUUGGAGGCAGGGGAUCCGGUUCGGAGAACGAUGGUGGACCGGUGGUGGAAGGUCGUAUGUCCUUCGGAGAAGGGAAACGACGACCCGCUUAUCAACCCGUUUGCAGAGGGAGCCCCGAGUCUCGAGGGGUUGAAAGCUUGCGGUAAAAUACUUGUUCUUGUUGCUGGGGAGGACAUACUAAGGGAUAGAGGGAAGCUUUAUUACGAGAAGGUGAAGGAGAGCACGUGGGAAGGGACAAUUGAGAUUGAGGAGACUCAAGGAGAGGAUCACAUCUUUCAUCUCCUUAAGCCGGAAUCUGAGAAGGCUGAGAGCUUGAUCAAGCGUUUGGCCGCUUUUGUAAAGCAAGGGUGAUUAAUUUGGAACAGUUUAACCCAAAAAAAAUAAAGAAGUUGGUUUACUGUGGACUUGUAUGGAGGAGACUUUUUUAGAGCAAUAAACCAGUGUCCUAUUGGUAAUGCGUGGAAAAAUGACGGUGUGUGAUUUCGCCCGUAUCUUUUUGAACCCCAUUUAGUUGCUUUUGUCAUUUAUUGAUGUAAAAGGCUUAGGUUAAAGUUAAACCCUUUAGCUUUCUCUUGUUAAAGCUAGCUUAUUGUGCUUGUCAUUUAUAUAGAGUGUUGAAAAAUGUCAUUUUCAUCAAACUUUGGUUAAA